UGUUGGUAACGUUGGUACUUGGUUGUCGUGACUCGUUUGCGACGACUUCACGAGUAGCAGUCAUGUCUGGAGUAGGACCGUCCAUCAAACUACAGAAGGAGAUAAAGGAGAAUUCGUUAGAAGUACAAGACUUUAUCGCCGAUCUUCGUCAAUGGGAGAAGGACGUCAAAGAUAACGAAUGUCGGGAGAGCCGAGGCCGAGAAGAGAAGACGCAGGUCAGGCAAUGGGUGGAUCCCGAGUUUGUGUAUGAAUUGCCUCCUGUCCGUUGCAGAAAAUCAGAUGUUUUGACCAGGAAUAUAAUAACUGACAAUAGGAAAAGGAAAGAAGAAAGAGAGCCCGACAUGAAAAAAAAAGAAAGGAUCUCAUCAUAUGAUUAUGCUGCCUGGGAUAGAUUUGAUGUGAGUAAAGCCCUGAUCUAUGAUGAUGAUGACAAAGAAUUGCCCAUCAGAAACUCAGAAUCCCAAACUACUGAAACAAGCUCACAUAGUUCAAACAAAACACCCAGCCUUAGUAAGAAGGAAAGAGCCGUCAAACUUAAAGAUGAAGGUAAUAAGCAUUAUAGUAACAACCGACUGGAGGAUGCCAUUGCCAAAUAUACCCAGGGGAUGGCGCUCGAUCCAACAAAUCCCAUUUUGCCAGCAAACCGAGCCAUGGCAUACAUAAAACUAGAAAAGUAUGAGGCAGCAGAACUAGAUUGUAGUCGGUGUCUCAAACUAGAUCCCAGCUACAUAAAAGCAUACUUGAGACGUGGUACAUCCCGUCUAAAGCUAGGAAAAAUACAACGUGCAACUGAAGACUUCCAGAAGGUGCUUGAAUUGGAACCAUGGAAUAAAGAUGCAAAGAAAGAAUUAGAAAACAUAGCGAAACAAAUUGAUGUAAGUUCAAACAAAGAGAAAUUGGAUCAAGAAAAGAAGUCACCGCAGAGUGGAAAAAAGUUGAUAGCAGAAACAUCUGCAAACACUACAUCACAAAAAUUUGAGAAGAGUUCAGAGAAAACAAUGGUAUCAAAUGAAUCUACUGAAACUAAACAGAAGAUUGGGAGGGGAAAAAAAAAGAUAAGGAUUGCAGAAGUAGGCUAUAGUUCCGAUCUGCCCAGUACUAUAUCAUUAUCAGAAGGUUCAGAGGCAGUUAUGCCCAUUGUCAAAUCACCACAUCAGAGAUCUCAGAAACCUCUAAAAAAAAUUGCAGUUUUGGAUGUGCCAUCUCCAGAAUCUCUCCCUAAGAAAUUGCCAUCAUGCUCAGUUCCCAAGGAAAGCAGAGUUGAGGAUGUCCCAAAUUCUGUUGCCAGCGAAGUCCGAGCCAUAGAGAAUUCAGCGAAUUCUCGAGAACGCGACGUCGUCGCUGCCAAGAAUGCACAAAAUAAACUAGAAACUCAGGCUGUAGUUCCUUUGUCAGUCCCGCCAGUUCCUCGAACGUCAUACCAGUUUUCACAAGAUUGGCAGAGGAUAAGUAGACAUCAAUCUCAUGCUGUCGAAUAUUUGAAGGCAAUCCAUCCCUCGUUUUUCCAUAACAUAGACUUAGAAAUGGAAGUGUUUGUUGAUUUUGUAUCAGCACUGAGAUGGAACGAGUUCAGUCCUGAGGAGGUGGCGUCAUACCUCAGUGCCUUGGCCAGGUCAGAUGGUUUUGGUGUGAACCUAAUGUUUCUUGAUGAUAAACAAAAGAAAGUAUUCCGUGAAGUAGUUGACAAAUGCAAAUGUCAGAGAAAGUUGCACACUGAAUUAAUAUCAAAACUUGAAGCCAACUCUCUAUAGGUCUUGGAGAACUUCAAUCAUUCCUGAAAUUCACCUCUGCCCAACAAAACUGACACAUCAUCAUUAUAGUUCUCUGUAAUUCUGCUGUUAUAAACUUAAAAUCAUAAACUUAAAAUCUU